GCAUGGUGCGUGUCUGUAAUCGAGUAAAAGACAUAAUAGAGUCUCACCAAACUAGCAAAGACCACAUUGCUUCAAAAUCACAUCGCCAUCUAUCCCUCUGUUGUGCUCCAGUUCCCAUAGACUCACCAUGGUGCUCACCAAGUCUCUCCUGACGGCCAUCGUCUUGGCAGCCCAGAAUAUCGCCAACGCUGAAGAAGCUGCCUUGGAGGUUCAGCUUCCCGAGAGUCCUCCCAGGACCGUCACCGGAGAGCAGGGGUGCUACACCGACUUCGCGGAGCGGAAGCGCGACAGUGUCCCAACGUACUCUCGCCUGUACUCGUAUACCUUUCCCGUCACCGAAUACACCUACACCACGCCGACAACAAGCACCAUAACCGUCACCCCCACCAUAUCCGCCGAGGGCGUUGUCACAAUCACAUCAACCGUCACCACCACUACGCACGUCUCAUCGUUCAGUACCGUCACUGUCGAGGCGCCAACGGGUUUCACGCCCAUCUCCGCCGCCAGCGCCAGAACUGGCGGCGCCUAUGGCCGCUUGGGGUCUCUAGACGAAGCUCUCAUCUCACCGGCAGAUGCGGACCACAGCUUCGGCAACAGCCUGAGCGGCGACGAGGAAGGCAGACGCACAGUCAGGCCUUUCCUCUGGCCGCAGGCAGUUGUCUGCGAGAAAGUCGUUCGUGUCUUCACGACCACCACUUCCACGAUCACGGUAACCCGGGCCGCCACUACCACGACAACCCUCCCGGGCCCGACCCAGCAGACUACCGUGGCGACGACGACGACGACAACGACAACCUCCACGAUCACCGAGGUCGCCGCCAACCCGACACGGACCGUCUACGAGGCCUGCCAGACCAACAAUGUGCAGGCGUACCACGGCCAGCCGCGGUCGUACUUCGUCGAGGCUCUCUACUACUGGCCCGUCACAAGUGAGGAGCGUCGCACGGACACUCCAGAGAACUGCUGUGUCGCAUGCCAAACGACGCCUGACUGCAGCGGCAGCCUGUAUCAUCUCUUCUCUGGAACUUGCUACAUAUUCAAGACCAGGGACGAACGGAGGCAGUGUAAGCCCCCGCUUAAGCUGCGUUCUCAGACGAACAUCACCACGAAUGGCAUAUUUUGGGCCAGCAACGGCAGGUGUGGAUCGUGGAGGAUUACUGAGGAGGAGCCGGGCUCGUCUACAGAGUGGUAGGUCGCGGAGAGGGACUGUGCCUUGCUGAUGAAUAGAUGCCGUGUAUCGGGUUGUACCGUCGUCGAUGGCUUCUUUCUGUUUUGUCACGCGAAGCCAGCCUUAAGGCAUGUAGCACAAUACGAAGAAGGGAAGCAUGGCAUUUCCACGGAUGACAGUGAGAAAGGUUUCUUCCACGUCUGACCGUAGCGAUUUCUUAAUGUGGAAGGUGGAUAUUGAAAGCGAGUGCGAGAAGUCUUCGUUAGCAUUAGGACAUAAUAAUGUCGGCGGUUGCGGUCUCGGCGCAGGACAGUUAAAAAGUCUGGUACUGAUAAAGAUUGAUUGCAUCUCUGCAC